AUGCAUGACUGAUUACCUUGAUAUGUAAUUCUCAAGAAAAACAGUUUAAAGUUGACAAAGCAUUUUAUCAGUAGCUGUAUACAUGAGAACAGGACAGAACCGUACCUGUCUGUCCACAAGUACAUGUGCUUUCAAUGUCGUUAACCUGAGUGGUGACAUAAUUUUCCGGUUCUCCAUAGAUUUGCACCAGACAGGGACAAGUAAACUGCAUAAACAGUCCUUCAAUAGACAGUGACUACUGGAGGGAGAACCAGCGACUCGAUAGAACCGUGAGACCAUGAAGGAAUUUCAGCAGGGAUGUGGAGUUUUGGUGGUGUUGGUGGUUGUCAUGGGGAUGGUUUCAGCUAACAAUAGCUGUUGCUCCUAUCCCUGCCAGAAUGGAGGUGUGUGUAUGACAACAGGAAUGAAGGGAUUUAAAUGUGAUUGUACGGGUACAGAUUUUUAUGGUACAACGUGCGAGACUCCUACAUUUAUCAAGCGUAUCAAGUUGUGGCUAAAACCUAGCCCUGAUACCAGCCAUUACCUACUGACUCACUACGACUGGCUCUGGAACUUUGUCAACAGUGUCGACUUCUUACGUAAGGCUGUCAUGAAAAAGGUCUACACAAUGCGGUCGAAUAUGGUAGACAGUCCUGCCACCUACACGUCAGAACACUCCUACAUCACACUGGACGCCAAUUUCAACAUGACGUACUAUACACGCACACUACCACCUGUUCCAAAUGACUGUCCCACACCCAUGGGCAUAUGGGGUAAAAAAGAAAUGCCAGAUGUGGAUAGAAUAGUAAAAAAAUUCUUCAUCAGAAAGAAGUUUAUUCCAGAACCCAUGGGAACCAGUGCACUGUUCAGCUUCUUUGCUCAGCAUUUUACACAUCAGUUUUUCAAGACUGAUGUUAAAAAAGGUCCUCAGUAUCAAUGGGGUGGUCAUGGGGUUGAUGUGACUCAUGUUUACGGCAGGGAUAAAGACGCAGAGGCAAAACUACGAAGUUUUAAAGAUGGAAAAUUGAAAGUUCAGGUAAUAAAAGGUGAGGAGUACCCUCCCUUGGAGAAGGAUGCCCCAGUGGGUAUGAUAUAUCCCCCUGGGACACCAGAGAACAACAGGUUUGCCAUCGGCCAGCAGGUGUUCGGACUGCUACCUGGACUUUUUAUGUACGCUACUGUCUGGCUACGCGAACAUAAUCGUGUGUGUGAUAUCCUCAAAGCUGAACACCCAGACUGGGACGACGAAAGAUUAUACCAGACAGGAAAACUUGUAAUACUGGGGGAGACCAUCAAAAUCGUGAUAGAGGACUAUGUACAGCAUCUGAGUCACUAUAACUACAAGUUGCUGUUCCGACCAGAACUCUUGUUUGGGGAGGAGUUCCAGUACCAGAACAGAAUCGCUGUGGAGUUUAACCAUCUUUAUCACUGGCACCCACUGAUGCCUAGUGAAUUCAACAUCAGUGGUACCACCUACAGCCUGCGGGAAUUCGUAUACCACCCGGAGAUCUUACUUAAACAUGGCAUGCACGAUUUUGUGGAUUCUCUAUCGAAACAAAGAGCUGGACAAUUUGGUCCGUAUAACCAUGGUCCAAUGACGAUUCCCGUGGUAACAGAACUGAUCAAACAGGGACGACAGCUCAGACUACAACCCUAUAACCAGUAUAGGAAAAAGUUCAACCUUCCUCCCUACAAAACCUUCGAGGAUAUGACAGGGAACAAAGAAUUAGCCAAGGCUUUGGAAGAGGAAUACCACGACAUUGAUGCUGUAGAAUUUUAUAUAGGGCUCAUCAUGGAGAAGAGACGCUACCGAUCAGUGUUCGGAACAUCUAUAGUAGAGAUGGGCGGUCCCUACUCCGUAAAAGGGCUCAUGGCUAACCCUAUAUGUAGCCCUAAGUAUUGGAAACCUUCUACAUUUGGAGGGGAUGUAGGCUUCGAUAUCAUCAAUACAGCUACACUAAAAACGCUUUUCUGUAACAAUAUUAAAGGAGACUGUCCUGCGGUGACGUUUGAAGUGCCCGGCUAUGUGGAAGGCGAUGAUUUACACGAUGAGCUAUGAUAAAGCUAACUAUAGUAGUCAUUAUCUAUCAAAUAUAUAUACAGUGGAACCUGACUUUACCUACCACUGACUUAAACGACAUCCUGUAACAUCAGACCAUAUCAAUUGGAGCAGAGACAUGCUCCACUCAUUGACUCGGUCCCACAGUGUGUCGGUAAAGUCAGGUUUCACUCUAUACUCCCAUUUCAUUGUAGAACGUAAUAUUUCAAUAUUAAGUUUGAUGAAAAACAAAAAAAAUGUCAAUUUUGAAUUUUAAAUAUUUAAAUAAGUCAAUAAUAUACCAAACUAAUCAUCAAGUGACAAUAUUUUUUCAGCUCUGAAAGAAUGUAAAUCACAAAUUGUUGUUCAAAAAGGCCAGCCUUAUGUAACAUUAUUUAUCUGGCAAUAAGCCCACCCCUAUCUUAUUAUUAAAUUGCAUUUCAGUAAAAAUGCUGACAAUCGUAAUUGUAAUGCCCUUUGAUAAGUCCAAAUGUAAAAUGGUCCUGGCCUAAGACAGUCAUAUGAGUCUUUAAACAUCACAAAAUGAAUUGUACGAUCAUGCUGUACAAUGUUUAUCAUAUUUUUUGUUUCUGAAUUUCUUGUAUUACAUGUACUACAUUUUUACAGAUAAUCACAACUAUCGUUACAGGAUAACUGCUUUGUGUUGUUUUCAAUCAUCAUUAAGUCCCAUUAACAGUUCCCUCAUUCCAGACUUUAUUUACAGUACUAUAAUGGUUUUUUUCACUGUCACUAUCUAUAUAUAUAAAUGAGAAUUUAAUUUUGUAUUCUUCAUUUCUUUUUGUGAUGUGUGAAGUGGAAUGGAAAUUAUAGACAAGUUUCAUUUAAAAAGAUUUUUUUAUCAAUACCAUAUCAAAAUAUGCUACCCAUUUAUUCAUCAAGGAGAUAUACAUUGUCGCUGGUAAUUAAA